AUGGAUAGUGACGACGACGCGCCUUUGGUCGCGUGGUACGAACCGAAGCAAACGGAGACACCUCCGCCUUCCCCUCCCAAGCCAUCUACUAUCCGCCGAGCGCCCUCACCACUCUCGGACGUACCUUAUUGGGGGUAUCUGGAACCAGUCGACCCAAAAUGUCGAUACAAGGAUUGGUACUUUUUCACAGAUCAGCCAGUGUAUACUCUGGGUGCCGGCGAGGAUGUAGAUUUACGCGUGAUUGGCACUUCUAUAUCUGCCGAACAUCACUGUACGAUUGUAUGGGACGGUACUGACACGCCGUACGCCGUACAUGUGGUCGACUAUGCCGACCAGACUUGGGGUGCAUGGGGCGGCACCUUUAUAAACGAUGUUCGUCUCUUACCGGGUAUCCUGUCACUUCUUCGACAUGGCGAUCGGAUCACUUUCCUGGGAGAAGAGCCUAUGGCCACUAACGAGAAUCUGAGAUCGUCAUAUCUUGAAACAGGCUUCACCUGGGUGCAAUGUAAUCGUCAGGGUUGGCGGAAUACUCCCACUGGCCUAAGCAAAUCGAAGAAGCAGCAAGCGUGA